AUGGGUCACGCUUUACAUUUCAUCUUUGUAUUUUCAGUGGAGUCCCAAAAGUUCCAGCUGCAGCCUCUGAACCGAGCAGUGCUGCAGGGCUCGGAUGUGCAAUUCAGUUCCACCGUGGAGGGAAACUGGCAGGUGAUGACCUGGCACGUCCGAGGGUUUCUGGUCCUCACUGUCCCUGCAGACAACAACGUGACCUCAUCCUCACCACAGUUCUCUGCCAGAUUCUGCUCUGCAGGUGACCCACGCUGUGUGGAGUUCACCAUCCACAACGUCACCCGCAAGGACGCUGGGCCGGUCAUGUGCACCGUGCAGGGGGAGUAUGGAUCCAAGACUGCACAGCUUAGUGUUCAAGGUGAGUGUCACAGUCAUAUAUCAGGCUGCACGUAUAUGUGUAGUAUCUGCAGGGGCGGAUACAAAGGCGGGGUCAGAGGGGCACUGAAUGAUUGGCCCUUCAAUUGUCCUUGUUUGGUGCUUGGUCCUAAGGACCUGAAGGAGGUUGGCAUCAGCAGAUCUGAGGUGUCGGAGAGUGGCACAGUCAACAUCCUGGGAGGGAACAUGACCGUGGACCAGGACCAGCAGGUGGAGUUCCAGUGUGUAACAACUGCUUGGUUCCCCAUACCCACAAUAAGCUGGACCCAAAACAGUCACGCCAUAAACAGCAGCCUGUACAACACCAGCAGCGUGAAGGAUGGGGACUACUUCAACUCCACCAGCGUACUCAAGUUCCAGGCAGUCAGAAACACCAUGGUGGAGUGUCAGGCAACUGUGCCAGCGCUAACAAACCCACAGUCCAGCUCUGUCUCCUUGGUGGUUGUUCCCAAACCUCCUGACUGGACUGUGCUGAUAGCUGUGGUCGUGUCUUUUGGAGGUUUGGCUCUGCUGGUUUUAGUCAUCAUCGGAAUCAUCUUCUGCUGCAAACGCAGAAAAGAAAAACAAUCCAACUAUCAAGAUGAAAUGAGGAGGGUGAGGACACAGAGCCAGAUCAGUACUGUCAGUGCAGCCGGACUGAGACGGGCUCAAGUGAAUGCCGGAUUUGUGCCGGAGGGUCAAACAAGUAUCGCUCCCAGUGAACUCACUGACAGUGACUUUUGCCAGGCAAAUGGCCCCAAUGUCUUCGAGAUGCCUGAUAUCCUUAACACUAGCCAGACUGGAAAUAGCUUCAACAGAGCCCAACACACUGUGGACGGAUCAGGCUUUAGGAAGCACAGACAUGUCACCAUCGUGUAAGGACAGACAGUAAACCACAAUGAACUUGCAAAGCAACCUGAAAGAGGUUGAAAAAAGGUGGAUGAAGGCCUGGAUCUGCCGAGAACAAAGACGGAUGGACUAACAUGGAGUGGAUGGAGUCACACGUUGAGGCUGGUUGCA